AUGUCCUCACCACCACCAAUUAACCCCCUCAAGCGCCCGUCCAUCUCCUCCGCCUCCCAGCCACUCGGUACGAACCUCAAACGCGCACGCAUCCACCCCCUCCGCCAGACCUCAUUCCCGAGCUCUGUGAUCGACAUCGACCCGCGCUUAACCUCCAACAGUGACGCGGGAAGCGUAACGGGUAGUUUUACAGGGAGCAUCGGAGGCGCGAGUGCCGAUGGAGUCUUCGCUAAUAGAAGUAAGAAGAGGGGACGGAAGAGCAAGGUUGAGAAAGAGCGGGAAAGGGAGCGGGAGCGGGAGCGAGAGCGUGAGGAUGUGGCUAGUACGAGGGGUCGGGAGACGAGGAUGGGGUCUAUCGAUGAGGGGGCUUCUGUCCGUGGUGCUGGCGGUGGGAGAGCGGAAGAAGGGGAGGAUGAGGAUGAUGAUCUUGAUGAGGGGGAAUUGUUAGGAGGCGAGGAGAGGGGGGUUACUGAUACGGAGGCUGAGAAGAAGAAUCUUGCACUUCUCGUCGAUGCUUUCAACCCCUUACAAUCGGAACGAUACGAUCUCUUCAAACGAGCCAAGCUGCGGAAAGAAAGUCUUCGUCGAAUCGUCAAUCAUGCCCUCUCUCAAUCCGUGCCUGCCAGUGUCGUCACGACCAUCAACGGCUUCACUAAAGUUUUUGCGGGAGAGAUCAUCGAAAAGGCAAGAACUGUACAGGCAGAAUGGGCCAUUGCACACGAUCAAGCUGCUCUAGCUGCCUUUGAGGCUGAAUAUGCGGCGGCAACAUCGGAACCGAACAAGCCUGGCGGUAUUGAAAACGAAGCAACACCUACAUCAUCACCCGCAUCUGCGCUUAACCAAGGCACGAACGGCGUCACAGCCCCACCGAUUACAGCGCAUCCUAAACCCGAAUUCAAACCGCCUCCGAACCCGCAUCGUGGGCAGCUCCUGCCGUCGCACCUUCGCGAGGCGCUCCGACGGUACAAGCGGGAUGCGGAGGGAGGAGGCGUUGGGUUCUCUGGGUUGAGUAUGGGGAAUUUGGGCGUGAGGGGAGCUUUUACGUGGAACUCGGGCGGUGUUGGAGGGAGGAGGAUAUUUCGGUAG